AUGGAAUCGUGGGACCCUCAGAAGAUGCUUGACCUUUACAUUCUUGAUUACAUGAAGAGAAACAACAUGCACGAAACUGCUGAGAUUUUCGCCAAUGAGGCUGGUGUUCCUCCAAAUCCAGCUGUGCUUAGUUCUCCUGAAGGUUUUUUGACUGAAUGGUGGUCAGUAUUCUGGGAGGUAUAUUCCUCUAGGCUACCAAGCCAUCAAGAGGCUGGGGAAGAAUCCUCUGUUAAGGCUUCUCAAAUGAUGGGGGACGAGCUACAAAAUGUCUUUCCUAUGAUGACAAGCCCAGGAAUGAAUCAGCAGAGGGCUGGACAGAUUCCUAAUGAGCUACAAAAUAUCUUUCCUAUGAUGACAAGCCCAGGACUGAAUCAGCAGAGGGCUGGACAGAUUCCUAAUGAGCUACAAAAUGUCUUUCCUAUGAUGACAAGCCCAGGAAUGAAUCAGCAGAGGGCUGGACAGAUUCCUAUUG